GAAUAUUAAGAUCUGGGCCUUUUUUUUUUUUUUAAGGUUUUACAAUUUAUUAUUAUUUUUUUUAUUUCCAAAUUCUUUUCUCCCUCCCCUAUUCAAUGAAAAGGCAAAAAAAAAACCCAAAACCUAUUACAAGUAUCUAUGGUUACACAAAACAAAUGCAGAAGCAUUAGACAUGUUCCAAUUUUUUUUUUUAAAGAGAGAAAAUUCUUCAGUUUGUAAUUUGAAUCCAUCAGUUCUCAACCUGGAGAUAGGUAUCAUAUUUCAUCUUCUGUCCUUGGUGGGACUAUGUUGGAAUGUUGAUUAGAGUUAGUAGUUCUUUGAAGAUUAUCUUUACAAUAUUGUUAUCAUGUAGAUUGUUCUGGUUAAGCUCAUUUAGCCAUUUCACUUUGCUUAAAUUCAUACAGGUCUUCCCAGGUUAUACUGAAGCCAUCUCCACCAGAUGGAAAUUCUAUCACAUUCAUAAACCACAACUUGUUCAGCCAUUCCCCACCUGAUGGGUAUCUCCUCAGUUUCCAAUUCUUUGCCACCAGAAAAAAAAAAAAUUAAAGUUUCACUGUUGUGAAACUCAAAUGAAAACGUAGUCAGGUUAGUUGUCACUGCCAUGGCUACAACUAUUCAUCACAUCAUGACCACUACUACUAGUAUCGGCUUGAACAGAUCACUUCCCUUUCCUGGGCUUCCGUUUCCCCAUAUAUAAAAUCGGAUUAUAUGUUCUCCAAAAUUUCAUUUCUCUCUGAAUCCUAUGAUCUUCAAACUUCCAUUAUAAUAGUUCCAGGGUCAUUAUACAGUUCUUGAAAAGAGGAGAGUAGUGAAGAACUGCGGCAGAAAGGACAUAAAGACAAAUCAGCGGGAUAGGAACAGAGCGUACAUUGAGCAUCCCUAAGCAAGAAGGAGGCUAGUACUCCGAACUCGAACCCGAACUGAACCUAGGCCCCAUCCUUUCAGAGUAGCGCGGGCCAAAGGGCAUGCGCACGCACUUGGCGUCUCCAGCCUCCGGUGUUCCAGAGGUGGAAGUUUGGAAGCUUCGGUCGCCGUGGUAACGAGACGCUUUUCCCUUGUGGGAAACAGCGGUAGCAGAAGCUCCAGCUCUCACCACCGGAGAGGGGUCGGGGCGGGAGGGUCGGGGAAGAAACCCGCUCCUCUGCCCAGCGAAGCAGGGUCCCUUUCCAACCCUUCCCGCCCCAGCUGGGAAAGAUGCCCCUGGAAGUGGUAGUGGAGCUGCACAUUCGAGCGAUCACCUGUCCAGGUGUGUUUCUUCCAGAGAAGAAAGGACUUGUACUCAGUGUCUGCAUCCUUGAUCAAUAUAGGGAGACAAAAUGCUUUCCUGCUCUGUUCCCCAUUAUGAUUCACGAGAUUAUGAAGUUUGACAAGGUAUUUAUAAAUGCACUUGAUCCAGCUGCUGUGGCGGAGCUUCUAGAAACUUAUUUAAUCAGGUUUGAACUGAUACAACUAAUACCACCAGAGGGGACAUUAUUGGCCUACUAUGAAGAAAAUACGCGAGACUUUUUGUUCCCUGAACGCAGGCUGACUCCUCUCUAUCCUGGGGUCGACAGAGAAGUGCUCAUGAAGACACCCCUAGGCUUUCCAGGCAUCUCUCCAAAAAUAGAAUUUUCUACGAGGACAGCCAUCAAAGAGCUUACUCCAUUAAAAAGAUUUUUUGAAGAAAGAUUGCGACUAUUAAGGCCUGCAUCUGCUUCUUAUUGUCAACGAGUGUAUAGUCCUCAAUAUCAGGAUUUAAGAGCCAUGAUGAAGGAGAAUACCUGUGAGAAGCUUAGCAAAAGCUUGAGGUCUCGUUCUCCAUCACCACACACGAUCCGGCGCCUUUGCCAGGAGGAGCGUUCGGGGCACCCAAACCCUACAUCUCAGGCUGCAUGUCGGGGUUUCAGGUCCUCAGUAGAAACCAAGCCUCCAUUUGUAGUGAGACAUGUAGACAGCUCAAAACCAUUUGGUGAGCAAACCCCUUUAAAACAACACACUCAAAAGUCCAGGAAAAAAGUCAACUUUACAGGCUAUGAUUAUCCACUUAAAAGAGCUUCUUCUCUUGACAGUAUUGCAGCUGACAUGAAGAUUUUAAGGGAUCAAGAAGAAUGGAAUGCUAGGAGGCGUGAAUUGUUAUCUCCAUAUUCAGAUAGGUCUGGAAAUAUCUUGUCUGGUCAUAGUAAUCAAGGGGAUUCCAAUUUUGAGAAGAAAAAUCCAUAUGUUCACUAUCACCAUCGACCACCUAGUCCACAUCUGAAUUACUAUCUUCAACACAGGUUGUGCUGCAGCCCUCAUCUAACUUGGGAGAAGAUUCAUGAAAGGGUACGGGAUCUUCUGACCUCUCGAAAAGCCCGACAACGACUCUACCUGGGAGUAACUGACUCUGAAGUUGAUGAAAUCCUUGGAAGGAGGACCCCCUAUUUGAGGAGCUCUCAACUACAUGAAUCUCUGGGGAGCAAAUAUUUCUAAGCAAUUGCCACUUGUAUAGGACUCUGUAUUAUGGUGUUCCUAAUUGCACAGUGCAAAAUGAAUAAGAGCAAUAGGGGGAUUUGAAGAACUCAUUUAAAGUAACAGUACAUGCAGUCAUUUAGAGCUGAACAGCCUUUCAUGUUAUCUCUAACAUCUUGUUCUAUCUGUUUUCCUUUGAAUGAUAUCCUGUACUGUGUAUUUUUACCAGGUAAGAGUUAUUAAUUAAAAUGGAGUUUGGGGCUUACAUUUUCAGUGUCAAUUUAGAAUUUUUUUUAGUGUGAAGAGAAGUGAAAUAAGUGAUAGGGCAGAUCUUGACAUUGAUAAAAAAGCAAGUUUUCUGAGUAACUUUGUCAGAAUAGUUAAGACUUCUGUAUAGAUGUACCUCUCUUUAGGUAACAGAUUGUACCUUUCAAAUGUCAAUCAAAUUUUUACAAGUUGAAUUAUAUUUUAAGCAUAAAAGAACUGUUUGUUCCUCCAGAGCAAUCAUCAUGUAUUGAAUCCUAUCUUUAAUGCUGAGGCAGUAUGUGUAGUAGAGUGGAAAGAACAUUAUGUUAGAAAUCAGAACACAUAACUUCUACGGCCUUUCCCUGAUACCUGGGGGACUGAACAAAUCCUUUUAUUUUACCCCAGUUUAGUUCUCUGUCAAAUGUGGGCCUCAAACUACUUGAUCCCUAAAUUCCCUUCUGUCUUGAAGUCUAGACUAGAUUAAAAUCUCAACUCCAAUAUUUGUGAAUUCCAUGACCAUGAGUGAAUUGUUUCACUUAAGCCUCAGUUCCUUGGUCUGUAAAAUGAGCAUAAGGAUAUUGACAAACUCCUUAGCUAAGAAUAUAUUGGGGAAGGAUUUUUCUUGAGGGGGAGAAUACAUGAAAGAUAUGCAUGUAGUAAUUUGGGUGAACCAAAUGCCUUCUCAGUAGUAUAGAUAUUAUUAUCCCCAUUAGGAAGCUAAGGCUGGAGAAAUCAUUUAUCCAUGGUUAUAUGGCUAGUAUCAGAGUAAGAGGGAAGCUGUAUCUCUUGAUUCUAAGCGUAGGCUCUUUCUGCUAUGCUGUUGACUCUGUACCGCCUAUCUUACAGGGUUCUUGUGAGUAAGGCACUUCGUGAACUUUAAAACACUAUGUAAAUAUGAAUGAACAACAGUAACAGAAAUUUGGACUUCCAUUUAUCUGAUAUGCUUGAAGUGAGGUACACCUGUAUGUACAAUCAUUGAACUUAUAAAAGUUCAUGGUAUUCAUAGAUCCUAGUUCUUCCUUUGAAGUCAGAGAUCUCUCUUGACAUGUUUAUAAAAUGAGAAAAAAUAAUUACCUACACUAUACGAUAGUCUAAGCUGAGACAGAAGGUUGGAUUACUCUUAAACAUCAGAAGCUCAGGCUUUUCUCCAUAUGAGCAAUUGCAAAUCAGUGGACUUCUUCAGAUCAGUCCCUCAGAGCAGAGUUUUCAGAGAGUGCCAUGCAUCAGAGUUUAUCUGCAUGACAUUACCACUUGUAAAGUGAAACCAUGUUCUUCACCUUCUAUCAUAAUAUGGAGAUCCCUCCUAUAACUUUUAUUGAUUGAGCAAAUAAAAAAAUCCCCUUUUCUACUCUAAAUGGAUCUAUUUUUUCUGAGGAAAAUUAGAAAGAUAUUCCUCUUCCAAUCUCUAUCUUCAGAUCCAUUUAUCUUCUCCCUGAAAUCUGGUGUCAUAAUUAGCUUACAUUUAUUUGGGUAAUUAAGAUUUUAAGAUUUGCAACAUGCUUUCCAUCCAUGAUCCUAUUUGAUCCUUAUAGUCACACUGUGAAUUAUGGAAUCGAGAGGAACAGUUGGUAUUAUAAUACCUUGUUUUGUAGAUGAGAACUGAAUUUCAGAGAAAUUAAGCUCAUAGAAUCAAUCACAAGAUUAUAGAUCCAAAGCUAAAAAGGACUCUAGAGACCAUCUAGCCCAGCCCCAUAUUUACAAAUGAGGAAACUGAGUGAAAUUUGCCCAAGAUCAUCCUACUAGCACUCAUAUCUUCUCUGAAUCCAAGAAUAUAUAUUUUCCACAAUAUCAUGUUCUUUACCAUUCCUAGAUUAAAUUACUGGAAUAAAAUUUAUUUUUGUCUUCUUUAAAAAUCUUCUAUUUCCUUUGGGUUUCAAUUUAUUAUUUUGUAAUCAUCCUCUAAAUAUUUUUCAAAAGGGAACAUAAUAUAUGACUCAAUUAAGAGUGACAGAAUAAUCCUAACAAAGGCCCAAAUUGCCUAGCAUUGGGACUUUUUAAAAUUAAUUAUAGAGAAUCAGGUGAAAGUAAUGGGCAUCUCAUUUCACCUAUAAGCAUAUUUACACCAAGUAAUUGUAACAUUUAAUUUUUUUCAUUGUUUAAACCUAAUGCCUAAGUUCCAUGUAGGAACAUUUACUGUCCACAUUGUUAACAAUUGCCAUUAAUUUUUAAAGCACUAUUGUAACUUGCACAUUUAACUAAUUCUUUUAAAUGUUUUCUUAAAAUAUUUUAUAUUCAGUUUUUCUGAUCAUGUUUUCUUUUUGGGGAGCAGUAUUUGUUUUAGUUGUUUCUUUUUGUGCAUGUAGUAACUGAACUAUUUUAUGAAGUGGUGGGCUUUCGGUUGUUUUGUGAAAGCUGGUGAUUAAUAAAUGGAAAGAAAAAAAAGCUCA